AUGACAGAACCAAUCUCUCUAUCUCAGAACCCCGCUCUCGAUCGAUUCAGGCCAAGCAUGAGGUGGGUAGGGCCUGGGAUGAGCGGCGAAAACGGUUACAGAACGUAUCCGCCCGCCAACAUGGCAAUGAUAGGCUACGCUAUUUCUCUUCUUCACGCUGCGUCCAGCCCUUGUCAGACGUUUACCACAGAUUGGGAUCGGAAGACCGAGUCCGUCGACUUGGGGAAUAUCAUGGUCCCCGGAGAUAUUGUCUUGUUGCUAAUAUUGUCUUACUGGCUCAAGCUUCGAUUUGAGGGGAUGGACCUCGAGCGAAUGUCUAGCGCUAGUCCCACAGCGUUAACCUGGAGCUCCAUCAUCACCCGUCAAGAACACAUCAACUUUAUUGGUAUAAACUGGGUUCUACAUACGCCGCCAUCUUCCGACGGUUGCCGCAUCCAGGAUCGAUCAGUGCGCGAUCUGUGGUGCAUCAUUAGGUCCUACCGUACGUCCAAUCCCUUUCCCCCUUCCAUCCGACGAGACGACCAAUUGUUUCUUAGCACGGUCGUCGAUCGUCAAGCUCCCCCUUGA